AUGCCAUACUCAUAUGACAUAUCCACCGAACCGAUCCGUUUCAUUUUUCCCCUUUUCAACCUUCGCCACACUCCCCUUUGAUCUCCGCCGUGAGUGUAUUUCUCCGGCGCGCCUAAAGGCCUUCACAACCGUGCGAAAGUUUCCGCCUACGGUUGUGCACACGCCCCCACCGGAGACUGCGUGUUUCUGUUCAUUUUAGUUUAUCGUAGCCUCCGCCGUUUUCUGGAGGCGAUACUCUCUACGGAUAUCAAAUACUGGAGGUUUUAGUUGAAUUUCAGGAGAUACUUUUAAAUAUACUCCUUUUUGGUGCACUGAUUGUUGGACUGUCGCUUGGUGCUAGAUACGAUGAGAUUGUUCCCAAUUUCAUCCAGCUUAGAUAGUUCACCGUCGGAACAGAACAAUGCUGAGAAAUGCCAGGCUAUGCUUUAUCUAAAUGUAUAUGAUCUUACUCCUAUAAACAACUAUCUUUAUUGGUUUGGGCUUGGAAUCUAUCAUUCCGGAAUUGAAGUUCAUGACAUGGAGUAUGGCUUCGGAGCUCAUGAGUUCUCAACCAGUGGAGUGUUUGAGGUUGAACCAAGAAGUUGCCCUGGUUUUAUCUUCCGGCGCUCAAUUCCUUUGGGCAGCACUGACAUGUCUCGUUCAGAAUUCCGGUCAUUCAUGGAGCAUUUAUCGAACAAAUAUCAUGGAGAUACAUACCAUUUGAUUUCAAAAAACUGCAACCAUUUUACUGAUGAAGUAUGUCAGCGCCUAACUGGCAAAUCUAUACCUGGGUGGGUUAAUCGAUUGGCUCGAGUAGAAAAUGGGAUGGAAUCUGGAUCUUCAUCUGUUACGGAAGAUAGUGACGAGGAGGCGCUAGAUCAUCAUCAUCUGCUUACCACACCAAAUAGUGAUGUCGCAUUUUUGAAAGAUAAACCAGUGAAGCUAGCAAAGGAUGUUCUUUAAAUUUCGAUUUUUAGUUUACUCAUUAGUCUGUCUUUCAUUUGUGGUGUUUGUACUUAAAAUGUGUAAAUCUCGAAUGUAUUUUGUUGAAAGCAUAAAGCACUUCCUUGUUGUUUGAGUGGCUCGAUUGGUGUUUGAUGUUCAUUUGAAAUGUGUGGUCGAUUUUGACUUUGGUUUUCUCAUGCU